AUGCGCUUGUUAAACCCUGCCUUCUGGGCACUGGUAGCCGCUGCCAAUGCUUUCCCUGAUAAUACAUCACUUCCCCUGCCACAAUCCCCAAAUGAUGGCCUGCCCGCAAACUUUGGAGUUGUGCUCUUCCCUGCAUUCCAAGCCCUGGACGUCUUUGGCCCAAUUGACGCAUUGAACCUGCUCUCCUUGACCCGGAAGCUGAAUCUCUCGAUCAUCGCAGAAACACUGGACCCGGUCUCUACCCAGGUUCGAUCUCCGAAUAUAAACAGGUUUGGCUCUUCGUUCGGGGAAGCCGUCUUGCCAACGCAUACAUUUGACACCGCGCCGUCGCUCGAUGUGCUCCUCAUCCCUGGCGGCUUUGGAACCGAGGCUCCGGACCUUGGCCCGCUACUUGCAUAUAUCAAGCGCACGUAUCCUAGCUUGAAGUACAUUCUUACCGUCUGCACCGGGUCUGAGCUCCUCGCGAAGACGGGGAUCCUGGAUGGACGAUAUGCAACAACCAAUAAACAGGUGUACAACAGGGUUGUCAAAAGCGGUCCGAAGGUCAACUGGGUUCCUGAGGCGAGGUGGGUGGCCGACGGGAAUGUGUGGACGUCAUCCGGAGUUUCAGCCGGUAUUGACUUGACUUUUGCAUUUAUCGAAGCUGUGUAUGGGACGGUGGUGAGCAACAUGGUCAGCGAAGGGAUGGAAUACGUGCGUGACGUGGACUGGAGGAAAGACCCGUUCGCGCACUAUGUGACAGACAACAAGUAG